AUGUCCUCCGACUCUCUCGCCGUGUUCCGUAAAGGCUUGGGACCUGAUCUCGAUGCCCUAGCAGAGAAGCAUAUGCAGCAUGACCUGACCCAAUCCGACCGCGACGCCCUCAAGUCCGCAGCCAGCACCGUCUCCCUCCACACCGGCGUCGGCUCCCUCAUAGGCCUGACUCUCGCAUCCCUCCUAGCCUUCCGCCUCCGAUCAGCCCGAAGACGCAUGUUCACAACUUUCCGCGCCGCCGAGAAGCCACAGGCUGUGCGAUUUGCAGAUGGACGGGAAGAGACACUGCCGGACUUGACGGCUGUGGUGAAGCCGAGUCGGUUGGGAGACUUUGCGACGUAUACGCUGCUUGGAGCUGGUGGGGUCUUCUUUGGGGGAGAGACGGGGUUGUUGACUGGAGGACUAAGAGCGCGACAGCAGAUCGCACAAGACCGGGAAAGCGGACAGCGGAUACAGAACGCGUUCAAGAAAUUUCAGGCCGAUGCUUUGCGGGAACAGGCAGCUCAGAUCGAGGGAAGCAUCACGAAAGAGGGCAGCUGGGGUAUCUAG